UUGAAGUGCUUUUCUUCAGCUCCAACGCCGACACGAUUCUGGAAUUGGGGAACAUCGGGGCGUUCGCGAGAAGAAAAAUGGAAGACGAAGACGGACAAGGUGCGCAUUCCGCGGAGCAGCACACGUUGGAGGAGUCUCCUUACGAAAUACUGCAAAACUGCAAGGGUUCAGCGGAGAACAUCGUCGCCGAAGUGCUUUCUGUUAAGAAAGAGGGUAAACCCAAAUCGCACCUCAGGGAGCUCGUCACUCAGAUGUUCCUCAACUUCAUCACUCUCCGUCAGGCAAAUCGUUCCAUCUUGCUUGAGGAAGACCGUGUUAGAAUGGAAACAGAACAUGCAAAGGCGCCGAUAGAUUUCUCAAGUCUACAGCUUCAAAACCUGAUGUAUGAGAAAAGCCACUAUGUGAAAGCAAUAAAAACUUGCAAAGACUUCAAGUCAAGAUAUUCUGACAUUGAACUGGUAACAGAGGAAGAAUUUCUUCGCGAUGGCCCUGACGAGAUCAAGCAUUCUUUUUUGUCAAAUGACAGUGCACACAAUUUGAUGCUUAAGAGGCUCAAUUUUGAGCUAUUCCAGCGCAAGGAGCUCUGCAAACUUCACAGCAAACUAGAACAAGAAAAGAAAAUCCUUUUCGAUGCAAUUGCAAAUCGUAAAAAAUUCCUGUCAAUUCUCCCUUCACAGUUCAAGUCUCUUAAGAAAGCAUCGUUGCCAAUACAAAGUCAACUAGGAGUUCAGCAAACUAGGAAACUAAAGCAUCAGAGUUCAGCAGAGUUGCUUCCGCCACCUCUUUAUGUGAUUUACUCACAGCUGUUGGCUCAAAAGGAAGCAUUUGGGGAAUCAAUUGAUCUGGAGAUCGUAGGAAGCCUAACAGAUGCUCAAACUUUUUCCCGUCAUCAAGCUCACAAGGACACUGGUAUUUCCACUACCUUGGAUGUUACCGAAUUAAAAGAUGAAGCAUCUGAUGACAUAAAAGAUGUCCAGCGACAAAGAAAACGGCCUAGGAUUGUUCGAGGCAAGGAGAGUCUUUACCACUUGGACGUGUUGCAAAUUCAUCCACUUAAAAUCAAUCUCCACGUGUACGACGAUGAGGUUUCUGAUUUUAAGUUGGAGAAGCUCAUUAUUCUAUCAUUUGAAUACUUCGUGAAGUUGAAUAUGGUAUGUGUUGGAAUUGAAGCAUCUGAUGAUGGUCCCAAAAAUGACAUCUUGUGCAAUUUAUUCCCUGAUGACACAGGUCUCGAACUCCCUCAUCAGUCAGCCAAGCUCAUUGUUGGGGAUGCUAUAAUGUUCAAUGAAAAUAGAACUUCACGUCCUUAUAAGUGGGCUCAACACCUGGCGGGAAUUGAUUUCUUGCCUGAGGUGUCUCCCAUGCUUCUUGCUGAGCAUGAAACUUCAGACAACGGUGAAGCAGCAAAAACCGAAGAUGUUAGAUCCGGUCUUUCACUAUACCUACAGCAGAACCGAAUACAGACAAUUCUACGGAGAAUACGCUCACAGAGAAAAGCUCAGUUGGCUCAUCUGUGAGUCACUACCCCUGUAUUUUAGGACACGAAGGAUCCUCCUUGAUACUUUGGAUAAAAUAUUAUAUGAUGAGAUCAACUGAAAGUUUCGCACUUUGUUUUUGCUUUAAUUUUGUUAGUGCAGCUGACUUCGUAGUUGUAUAGAUGGGGGUAUUGAUUCUGUCUCCCUCCCUUUUUAGAAUUUUUGUAGCGUGUAAUUCUAAUUCUAAUUUUUCGAUCUUUCUUGUCCA